AUGCGUAAAUAUCAACAGCUGGUGCUGUUGCUCAUCUCCUGCUUGAGCGUGGGCGUGCUCCUGAUGUACAAGACGGAAAACAAUCGUCUCAAAUAUGUCCUCAAGUACGUGAACUUCUUUGGGCGCAGCGAUGUCGCCGUGUUGCGCCGCUUGGAGAACGGAACGAAGGAAGAUCUGCCGCAAACGGCUCUAUGGCGGCCGAUGCCAGUGUGGCAGGUGAUCGGGGAUUCCUUUCAUGCAUACUCCGCCUACUGGAUGCGCAAGGAGUUGGUGGCCGGCGGAGAAGCCCACGUCCUGGUUGUUGGCAAACAGGGAGCUGUGGUGGACUUCCGAUGCAGCCUGGCUGUUGGCGGGAGUCGCAGUGUACAGGGAAAAUUUCGAUUCCAACGCGAUGCCAGUGAGGGUCUGCUCAACGACAAGAGCACAAACUUUACCAGCUACCAUUUCUUCUGUCAAGUGAGUCGUGAUUUCGGUCAGCCAGAGAGUGUUUCAUUCACGGAUAUCACGUCGAUCAGGAGCCCAGUCAAGAUACGCUUGCAUCAUCUCAAGCGUGCGAGUGGGAGCACAGACGCCAAGGCAGCAGCAGCAACAGCACCAUCACCAGCUCGCUUACCGGCGACCGUCUGUGUGGAUCUUGUGGGCUUCAACAUGACCUCAGGGUUCGGUCGCAACGAAAACGCCCUACUUCAGUUCUUUCUGAUUCAUCAGGCUCUCGGCAUUGAACACUUUCUGGUGUACAACUACGAUGAACUCCCGGAGAAUAUCAUCCGCGUGCUGGACCGAACUAAUAUCCAUCUGUACGCGCUUCCUUUCAACUUUCCCUUCCUGCUAAACAACGCCACUGCCAGCCGGGUGCGCGAGCUAAUCCAGACCGAUUGCUUGCUGCGGAAUGUGAACCAGGCCAGCUUCACUAUACUGCUACAGCCGAACGAAGUAUUCUAUCCAAAUUCACGCUUUGCUGCUGAUCGUUCCCAGAAUUCGCUGCAGCAGCAGCUGCGACACUUCUCCGCCGACACAGCACGCUUCGAGCUGGCCACGUUUGCCGUGUGCUUUGACGAGCUGAAGAAACUGUUGCUCGACAAUAUUCAAUAUGACCCGGAAUGCAAAGCUCCCUACAAAAUGCUCCUAGACCGCCUGGAUCUUCCCCCGACACAGCUUCUGGCGAGCACGGCACAUGUUGAGCUUUCGCUAUCCACCGGAUUCGUGCAUCGUUAUGUGGAUUGUGCCCGUGUGGGGGCCGAUGGUCUACACGACUGGCGCAACGGAGUGCGAAAGGACUUCAUGGACCACAUCAACAGUCUCCGCAAUGAGGUAGAUCUUCUCAUUUAAGCUAAGCCCUUUCGUUGUUUAAUUUAGUCGUAAGUCUGAGUUUACAUGUAGCUCAUAAUUUGAGAGAUUACUUGACUGCCAUAAAGAGAAGGUCCAGAAAUUGUAUAUUGGA